AUGUCUCACACGAAGCACAUGAAUGGAGAAAAUUUGAAUGGUUUUGAAAAUUCAAAUACAACAAUAAAUCAUCGAACACUUGUUGAACAUGGUACCGGACGAAUAGUAAAUGGUACCAAUUCUCAAAAUGGUCCAACGUCAGCUAUUUCAACUAUAGAAACUCAAACGAAACAAUAUGAAGAUGAAAAACAUGAAUUACAAGAAUUAAAUUACAAAUUUGCUAUGUAUUUAGAUCAUGUUCGGGAUUUAGAAAACUUCAAUGGACAGUUAUUAGUUGAACUGGAGAGUCUAAAAAGAAAAUGGGGUAAUGACGUAAAUCAAUUACACGUAAUCUUAGGUCUACAGUUAGGAUCAGUUCGUGAUACACUUGAUGACGGUGCACGCGAUAACGGUCUUCAAGAACUUGAAUUAAAACGUCAUGAAGAUUAUAUAUUGAUCAUACGACAACGUAUAGCGACAUUUGAAAGUGAUAUUAAGAAUCAAUUAAAUGAAGCUCAACAAAAACUGAAUGUGUCAUCGAAUGUUUUAGAACAACUUAGAAGCCAAUAUGAACAAAAUUCAAAAAAUUUGGAUCAACAACGUACAGUUGUAAAUAAUCUAUCUAAUGAAUAUGAUACGCUAGAAUCUGAAUUGGUUGAUCAUAAAUUAAAACGUAUUAUGGUUGGAAACGAAUUACAAACAUUGAGAGAACGUGCUGCAUUUCAACAUGCCAUUCAUAAAAUACAAAGCAAUUGCAUAUUAGCACUAGACGCGCCGGCUAUCGAUCUAUCAAACUUCUAUCAUACAGAAUUAAUUCGUGCUAUAGGAGAAAUUCGCCAUGAUUUUGAAGUUUUUGCAAAAUCCCAAACUAGCGAUCUAGAAGAAUAUUAUCGCAUAAAAACACAGAAAAUCGAAGAAAUAGCACGAGAAAAUCAACGCAAACGUGCUUUAGCCAGUGAAAAUGCUCCAGUGGGACAAGGCUUCGAUUUACAACCAUUAACUAGUUUAGAAAACGAUCAUAGUCAAUUAAAAUCAGAAAAUGAUAAACUAGAAGUCGAAUUAAAUCGUAUGUCGGAUGAUUUAAGAAGAAUUCAAGAUGAGCGUAGGCGUGAAAAUAACAAGCUUGACGAACAAUCUAAUCAACUGCGACAAGAGCUAGCUGACAAACAAGCAACUAUUGAUGGUGUUUUAGAAAAUAAUGUUUCACUUCGUUUCGAAUUAUCAACAUACCGAGCCUUACUAAAUUUCGAAACACAACGUGUAAAUCGGGCCAAUCAAGGAGACGAAUUAAAUCCCUCAUCAUCACGAUUAGAUGCUUUGUUGUCACGAUUAGAUCCAACAUCAUCACGACUAAUUACUGCGUCAUCACAAUUAGAUUCUUCAUCAUCAGUAUCGUUACCACCACCAUCAUCAUUCAAUCAGAAACAAAGUAAUUCUAUUCGAAAUACUGAAAACAAUCCUUGGCAAAAGAUGAAGAUUCAAUCAAUAGCAACAGACCCCAUCGUAAUUCACUCAGUAGAUUUAAUAAAUGAUUGUGUUAUAAUAAUGCAUAAUGAAUCAACUGUAAAACCGGAAUCAUUAAAAAAUUGGACAAUUCAUCGUCUAAAUGAUCAACAAGCAGAGAUCGUUUGUCAACUUCCUUGGUUGGAUCUAAAACCUGGACAAAAACUUCGAGUUUUAUCAAAAAGUAGUUCGCAAUCAACAAAAACCUCCGAUAGUGAUGUAUUAUUUGUCGAUAAUAUUGGAACGUGGGGACGCGGCCAGGUUAUGAAAACAAUUCUACUCAAUAGUUAUAAUGAAGAAAUGGGUAGUAUAACACAAACUUGUAUUUCAGCAUAA